AUGCUCCUUAAUCAUUUUGAAUUUCGAAGACCCAGAUCUAAAAUUAGUUUGUGUAUUGUUUUGAGAUUAAACAAUAGAUGCACUAACAACUCUGAUUGAUCCUCUCUUUAAUGAACGUAUUGUCAUAUUUUAUCUGCUCAUACGUGGUUCAUUUACUAAUUGAUUCUAUAUUUAUUUCAUGUUAANAUCCAUAGAGGCCCUUUGCCUAAAUUUAUAAAUUAAAAAUUUCUACAUAUAUAAAGAGUCCCUUUUAUUUGGAUUACAGGUAUUUCUAUAUUUAACUUUAAUAUUAGAUUCAAAUUAAAACCAUGAAUUGUUUGAUGCUUUUGAAUUACUCCAAUAUCAGCAUAUGGAAAUAGUUAAAUACUUCUAUUUAAUUCUUAUAAUCGAAUAUAAUUAUAGGGAUUAAUUGGAUUCUAUUAACACAGAAUUUAAAACAAAGGUCAUUUACGAAAAUUUGUAAGAAAAACCCAUAUUUGGAGAUUUCUAUAAUAAUUUCUAAAUAAUCAAACCUAAAAUUAAAACAAAAGAUUUAAAUAUAAAGUUUGAUCUCUCAGAGAUCAGUAUGAUUACCUUGUAUAUGAAAGGGAAUGUAAGGAGCAUUUUAAAUUGGCUACAAUUCCAUCAUAAGGAUCAAUUUAUAUAUACAUUGAUUAAGCAAAUGAAAUUAGAUCAAACUCAUUUACAAUACAUGCUUAAAAAUCAUUUACCCAUCUUUAAGAGUGAUUAGUUUGAUAAUUAGUUUAAUUUAAAUGCUUAAUAAUGGUUUGAUUAACAAUGUAUUGAAUUAGUGGAUGAUAUAGUUCAAAAUAGGAAAAAUAUCUUAAAAAAUAAUUAUUCAAAAAGAUCUUUUAAAUUCAAUAUAAAUUCAUUCCUAGUAAAUUAUGUUCUUAAGGUAAUGUAGUGAUUAAUAUAAUAUAGAUAAAUGCAAUAAAUACAUAAUAAUAUACUUCCAGUACAAGAUAACGAAGAUUGAAUAAAGAGCCAAAAGAUAUUUAUAAACCACUUUAACAAUUCUUCAAAGAUGAAGAAGAGUAUGAGUAGUUUAAAUAAUUUGACAAAUCUUUUGCAUUUUUGGUGAACUGA